CCCAGAUUUCCUCAGUGUUGCAGUCAGCAGGUCGUGCACAGAGAGUAGCCUCUUACAUUAUCAUCUCUGCCGAUAAGACAAGCUACAAGGACAAACAUUUCAAACACCUCUUUUUGAGCACAUUUUUGGCUAGUAUCUGGCAACCCCCUGGUACUACGGAGACUGAGCACCGCCGCUCCUCCACCAGCUGAUGACCGUCAACAGCUCAUGACAGGCGGCUGCAGGGUUUGGGAGUGCAAUGCCAAAGCGUGGAUGAACGGAGAUACGAGCUGAAAACAGGAUCCAGACCUCCAGCUCCUUAUGGCUGUUUAUGAUGAGAAUAUCCUGAAGAAUCCCUUUUAUUUGUCCUUGGAGAAGCAGAGGGCCGACCUUUGCAGUCGUGUGGCCCAGCUACAUGGCAUUGUGUUGGUUCCUUGUUGUGGAAGUUUGACGGGCAGCAGUUUCUCAGACUCCCAGUUUGAGAGCUACAUUCUUCAGCCGACAGAGGAUGGAUACCACACUGUUGAUGGAAAGGAGGUGCUUAUUCAGAACCGGCAGGUGGUGUUGGGCUCUGGUUUCCCCUCUCCAGCUUCCAUCCCUAUUCUGUUUGAGGAGACCUUUUAUAACGAUCAGGAGCAGAGCUACAGCAUCCUGUGCAUCUCUCGCCCUGUCGAGGAGGAGCCUAACCCCUCUGACCCCUGCCCCCCACCCCCUUACUGCCUGAAGAGUGUGGAGGAGGUCCGGGACUUCCUGGGACGCCAUGCGCUCAGACUGGACAAGUUCAUCCAGAGCUUCUGCCAAUCAUUCAAAGAGCAGGAGAGGAAGGGACUGCGCCAUCACAUAGACUCUGUGAAUGGCCUCUACACUAAAUGUCUUCAGUGUCUGCUGAGGGACUCUCGUCUGAAGCUCUUGGCCAAACAGGAGGUUCAGAUGACUCUUUUGAAGCAGGCCGUGGAGAUUUAUGUUCAUCAUGGUAUCCAUGAUCUUAUCUUUAACUUUGUGGGAACGUUGGAGGCCAGCCAGGACGCUGCCUUCAACAAAAUCGCCCGGAGUCUGGGGGAGCUGCAACAGAAGGACCUGGGGGUCAAACCCGACUUCAGUAUAAACUUAUCCCGGGCCAAGAGGGAGCUGAGUCGGUUAAACCAGCAGACGUCACCCCUCCUCAAACUCAUGUGUUUAAGAAUAGUGGCUCUGACGGCAACUCAAACGACCAAGCGCACAGUGAGUAUAGAGGCGGUGAGUGCAGACGACCUUCUGUCCGUCAUCCUCUAUCUCCUCGUCAAGACAGAAAUCCCAAACUGGAUGGCUAACCUGAGCUACAUACGGAACUUCUGCUUCAGCCACUCAACCAAAGACGAGCUGAGCUACUGUCUGAGCACCUUUGAGGCCGCGGUGGAAUACAUCAAUCUGGGGAAGCUGCAGGAUGCGCGAUCGGGCUGUGAGCUGAAUGACAAGGCUCUGUUUAAGGAGAGGAUGAGUCUGCUGGCUCAGACUGCUGCCUCCCCCAUACACUGCCUGUUUGAGCACAUAGCAAAUGGAAACGAGGCAGAGAUUGAGCGUCUUUUGAGUGAAGGAGAAUCAGAUGAGGACAUUCGGAUGUGUCACCCGCUCUGCUCUUGUGACCUCUGCGACCUGCAGCUCUCCGGGAAGCUAAACGACCCCACCAUUAUCACACCUUUCUCCAGAGACGACCGUGGUUAUACUCCUCUGCACGUCACUGCUAUAUGUGGCCAGGCCCAGCUGAUUGAUUUACUGGUUCAUAAAGGAGCUCCAGUGAAUGCUACGGACUACCACGCCCUCACUCCCCUGCAUCUCGCCUGUCAGAGGGGAUACCAGGGGGUCACUUUGCUGCUUCUUCAUUAUAAAGCCAACACAAACGCUCAGGACAACAAUGGGAACACGCCCCUGCACCUCGCCUGCAUGUACGGCCACGAAGAUUGCGUGAAGGCCCUGGUGUACUUUGACUGCCACACAUGCCACUUGGACAUCCAGAACGACAAAGGGGACACGCCUCUGCACAUGGCGUCUCGAUGGGGCUACGAGGGCAUCAUCCAAGUCCUGCUGGAGAAUGGAGCUAGCAUCAGCAUCCUCAACAAAAACAAGGACACACCACUGCAGUGUGCACUCAACUCUAAGAUCCUGAUGCUGUUGCAGUCGACUCAAAAUGGACGUCAUCGCAGCAGCAGUGGGGUGGAUUCUCCCAGCUGCUCUCCUUUGGCCUCAGACUGCAGUAGCAGACGCUCCUCUGUGUCCAGCACCUCUUCACUGGGGUCAGAGGUCAAAACCGAGAUGGAGCGGGUCCGACACAGAGAGGUGGAGAAGCUUCUGCGGGCUGUUGCUGAUGGAGAUAUAGAGAUGGUGCGUUACCUGCUGGAGUGGAUGGAUGAGGCAGAGGAGGAGGACACAGAUCUGCGAUCAGUGGGUCCUUUGUGCCAUCCUCUCUGUCAGUGUCCCACCUGCGCUCCAACUCAGAAGCUCUCAGUGGCGCCCCCUGGCUCUCUCGGUGUGAACAGUAGUAACGUGGAUGGCUUCACUCCUCUUCAUGUGGCAGCGCUGCACGGACACUCGGCUCUGGUCUCUCUGUUGAUCCGACACGGAGCAAAUGUAAACACCCGGACCAACCAGAGCGCCACCCCUCUGCACCUGGCCAGCCAAAACAGCCACAUAGAGGUGGUGAGGUUUCUUCUGGAGUGUAAUGCUAAACUGAACAAAAAGGACCACUUUGGAAACACUCCUCUGAUUCAGGCCUGUCUACGCGGAAACCUGGAGACUGCCACCAUUCUCAUAGAGAGUAAUGCAUUGAUGAAUGUGGCCAAUAACCAGGGGAACACAGCUCUCCACGAGGCGGUGAGGGGAGGGCAUCAGGCUUUGGUGGAGCUCCUGCUGCGGAGUGGAGCCUCCCCAGGCCUGAGGAACAAGAGGCAGAGGACAGCCCUAGACUGUGCUUAUGAGCUCGGAGGGAAGAACACUGAGAUCCUGAGAGCUUUACAGAAAGCCUCUGGAUUGUCUCCUGACGCUGAACCCAUCAAACUGCUGUCUGUGCCCAAAGGAGCUCUGGCUCACUCGUUUGUGCAGCGUCUAAGACUCCACGACAACUCCAACGGGAGGAGACAAAAACUAGCUCAGUCUAUCACCAGGAUCCAAAAAAUGAAGAGAGCAUCCUCUGGUCAUUCACCAAACCGGUCUCCAAAUCUCAACCAGGUGAACACAGACCGAAGGAGGCUGCGUCGUGGGGAGACAGUGGAUGUGAGUACCCCAGCAGAGAGCCUUAAUUCUGGGGCUCGUCUGAGAGAGCGCCCCCUGUGUCGCUGGCACACGCUGGACUCUGGAGAAAACCCGUCAUCAGAGCAAGAAGAGGAAGCCAAAAACUCCCCGAAAAGCAUUAGAAAAAGCCAAGACUCACUAGGAAUCAAUGAAGAAUUGGACAAAACACAGUCAGACACAAGCCAAGCACAGUCGUUUGUACUGCCCAGUACUUUUAGCUCGGACUCGCCCUCCUCACAAGCCACGGAGAGCCCAUGUUCUCAUGACUUCUCUCUCAACGGGAUGUCUGAUACCAGCAGCAUGCAGCUACAGCCAAUGAACGGAGAGGAGCUGGAGGGGUCAAUAGAAAGUGGGCCUGACAAUACAGAAGAGCCAAGUCCGCCCCGCCCCACAGAACUCAACAUCCCUAAUCUCUCCAAUGAGGAGGAAGAGGUUGGAACACAGCCAGAAAUGUGCCCAAAAGAGAUCAGUAUUCAAAACUAGAAACAAGCAACAAAAGGGAUGGAGAGACCAGAUUAUAAAUAUACAGUUAAUGUCAUGGACCUUACUAUGGAAAAAAUAUUAGUGACCUAUAUAAGAAGACAAAUUAUAUUCCUUGAUUAGUUGACAGCUUUGAGACAGAUUGCUGGUUCAGUCCCCCACUUACUGACAUUGUUUCCCUGGCCAAGACACAUUAUCACAUUGCCUUAUGCUAAUGUAACAUGCAAAAUGGCAGGGUUUGUGGCCGUGGUUUAAAUUAAUGAACACACCAAAUUGCUGAAGUACAUAUGUGAAGUUUACUUCUUGGUUUGACAUGGGCAGCAGGUAUGACAUAUGUAGAGGUAAUUCCUUAACUGUUACCUCACAACCAUGACAUUAACAAGGGCCAGAUCGUGUCUAAAUUGCACAUUAAUUAUGAUUAGACAAAUAAAAACAAACAACAACAUCUUUAUUUUGCAAAAUUAAUGUUUAGUCUUUUAGAAAAAAAUGUGUUCUUUAUUUGUAAAUUGUCCCUGCAUUUUGAAUGGAAUUUUGGUGGGGAUUGCAUUUUAGAAAUCAGCACAACUUCCUGUAUUAUUAUUAUUACUUUUCUUCCCAAAUUUUUGGCCACAAACUGCCACAUAAUUGAUGUAAAACUAUGAUAAAUAUUUUUUAUAAAUACUAUCCUACCAAAUCAGUUAAUUAUUAUUAUCAUGCAUAUGAUUUUUACAUAGUUUUUUACAUUAAUUACCUUUUUCUGGGUGUGGCAAAAAAACCCAAAACAUAUUAACUUUCUAUCCAAUUGAUAACUAUAUAUUUUUCCCAUAGUUUUAAGGUCACUAUGACAUUAUUAACAACAUUAUAACUAAUCUCUCUAUUACAUUUUGAUGUCAUUAAACUGCUCUUAAACCCAAACUAAAAAUAGCUAAAAGUGGUGGUAGUAGUAGUAUUGUCAGUAGUACAGUAUACGUAGUAGUACCAAUUGUUUACAGUAGUAGCAUGAAACAACACAAAUAGGUGUGGUAAAAUUUAAAUGAUGGAUGCACUCACGUAUAGAUGUCUCAGGCACAAUUACUCAAUAGAGACUUUGACUGUUCAGUUUUUGAGAUGAGGAAAAUAAUGCAAAUCUAAGCCAAGGUAAAUAUGAGCAACAAAUCAAAAUGGCAACAUCAGCCUAAAUGAAUUACACCUACUUUUUGCCAAGGAGCUUCAGUGUGUAAUGUUAUGUCACUUUCAGUUUGGUGUUGCCUUUAUAAUUAUCUCUAUAACAUUUCUUGCUUAAUUUUUAAUACUUUGUUAAAAAAUAUUGAUUGAUAGACAUAAAAAAUCAUACAUGAUGGAGUGAAAUCACACAUAUCACAAAGUAGCUGGUCAACACCCUAAAUACUACCACAAUUAUUAUGUCCAUUUAUCACUUUUCAAUUACAAUAAUUAUAAGAUGCAAACAAAUUAUUGCAUUUAUCAACAUAUACAUAAACUAUUGGGUACCACUUUAUAAUAACUACAUCUUAGCUUUAAUGAAUCAUGGACAAUGAUGAUUUAAGUCAAAAUUAUUAUUAGUAGUAGGAGUUACUGAGACUACGUAACUACUAUGGAAGAUUAUAGCUAAAGGGACAACAUUUCCAUGACACAACCAUAAUGAAAAAACAUUUUUGUUUUAGUGUAUUUUUAUUUUUAUUUUUCGCUAAAAAGUGAUAUAUUGUAGCUUUAAGGCUAUUAAAAGUGUAGUUGUAAUAAGUGUAACAAGUAAUACCUUUGAACUCUUUGAGGCCCUAGCUCAGUCAUUCUUAAUCAUAGGUCCAGGUCCCAAAGUUUGAGGGCAGCACAAUCAGAAGUAAAUAAUACAUUUCACAUGAGAUUUGGUCUCAGGUUACUCUGUACAGAAAAAAGUCAGGCCCCGAGGUCAAAAAGGUUAAUAACCCUGGCUAAUCAUCUUAAUGUGUUGCCAGAUUGGUAAAAAAUAUGCAUGCAUUUUUUACACUCCUAUGUUUUCAUUGAAGCACUUUUUCCACAAAAAUGUAAAGGGAUGGAAGCUGUCUUAGCAUUUCUAGAUCAAAUGAUUGUCGUCUAGUAGAGUUUGACUGUAGCCCAUUUGACCACUAGAGCUUGUUCUAAAAUCACUUUUUUUUUUACUUGAAUGUUAGAGACAGUUGCAGAUUUAAAUGAAUGGAUUUUUGCAAUGUUUUGAUUUGCCUUUUGAGUGAGUUGAUAUAAACAAUAUAUAACAGUAAAGUUGUUGGUGCACCAGAGAGGUUUAGCUUCUCCUGUAUGUACCCAAAAAGUUAAAGUCUAAAUGGGUAGCUUUGUAUCAUUACAAAUUUUGAUUUAAAAAACUAAAUUAUUUUUACCAAGUAGAAAUUAUGUCAACCAAAUUGUAUUACAUUAGGCAGGGCAAAUGCUGUGUAAUUAAUAAUAGGAUGCAUUUUGUUGCUUUUGUCCUCUGCCAGAGUGGGAUUGUUGAGCAAAAAAAAAGGUUGUGGGUUUAAUUCCCAGCAUGGUGUUGCCCAAGAAAUCUGAACGUGAAUUGCUCUGAAUUUGCAUAUUUCGUUUAACCCUGCAAGGGACGUGUGUAUAGUUGUUAGCACUAUUACCUCACAACUAAAAGGUUCUGGGUUCGAUUCUAAGAGUUGGUAAGGAUGUAUAUGUGAGGUUGUGAUUUUGGAUAUGUUGGCUUAAAGAAACAAAGCUACACAUUUGGUCUUUUAAUUUAAAAAAUGUUACUGUAAUUUACACAAACUGAAGGCUUAAGAAAUGUGUACUGUACUGUAUCUUCCCUGUGUCUGUGGUGUCUGUGUGUCUAUACAAAAUGAUACACACAAGUCCAUGGUCCUCUCCAGUCCUACCAUCCAUCCCUGAUUUAGGAUUAUAGUUUUACACUGUUUCGGAUGUGGUAGUCUAGAAAAAAAAUCAAGUCACUUUUAAUUAUUUUUGUACCACUUUUAUUUUCUGAGUUGGAUGUUUUCAAAUGAUGUGAAUGUGCCUUAUUUAAUUGACACGAGUUAACCAACAAUAAACAUUUGAUUUCAGCUAA